AUGGACGGCCUGGUCGAUGCCUGCAAGGUGCCCUGCAUCUACAAUUGUUUUGGCUGCGAGAGGUAUGUCGACCAACACUCGCUGGCGGAGCAUAGAUCCAGAUGCCUCGUGCAUCACCCCACGGCACCGUUCGUCGCUCACUACUGGCCCGCGGCAGUGAACAUCAAGUAUGAGACGUGCUACCCGUUCGCCGUGCCGGAGUCGUUGGAGGAUCACUGCCGCGUGCUAGUGGCGGAGGAGGACUGCAGUGUCUUCCUCUUGGCCGUGGGCACCGGCAAGGCCCGCGCAGGUCGCUGCCCCGUCUCUGUAGUGUGCGUCAGGGGCAACUCCGCUGACGCUGACACGAGGCCGGUGUACGGGUGCGUGCUCACUGUUACUGCCCCUCCGAGGUACGAGGACGCCCACGUCGCCUCCAUCACGCUGACUGGGACUGUGCUGAGCUGCUCCGUUCCCGGCAAUGUGGACAUGGAAGACGCCUGGUAUGAUUUUCACCCCAAGAUGGUGCACGGGGACUCCAAGGAGGUUCACCUGGUCAUAUGCAUUACCAAGUCAAAUGUUCAUCAUUAG